AUGGCACCAUCAGAAACUAAGGAAGCUGUCCAGCAGCAAACACCCAUCGAAGCAGCAAAGGCAGCCAUCAAGGAAGUGGCCAAGACCGCUGAAGCUGCCACCGAAAACAAGCCACAGUACAUCAGAGAACCUCUUAAGCUUAAGGGUGUUUUGGAUCAGUACAAAUCGUUUGAGGUUACUCCUAUCAUUGGAAAGGAGUUCCCUGACGCACAAAUUACCGAAUGGUUGGCAGCAGACAACGCUGAUGAUUUGAUCCGAGACUUGGCCAUCACCAUCUCGCAACGUGGUGUUGUCUUCUUCCGUGCUCAAAAGGACCUCACCAACGACCUUCAAAAGCAGUUGGUCCAAAAGCUUGGUGAAUUGUCCGGAAAGCCUUCCACCUCUACUUUGCACAUUCAUCCCAUCAUCAACGCAGACAGGGAUGUUAAGGUUGCUGAUAAUGAGAUCAGUGUCAUCUCUAGUGAGCUAAACAAGAAGUUGUACUCAAAGACCUCUUUGGUACUUACCCAGAGCGCAGCUGCAGGAUGGCACAGCGAUAUCACUUUCGAACCCAUCCCAAGUGACUAUACUCUUCUCAAGCUUGUUGACCUUCCUUCAACCGGUGGUGAUACUCUUUGGGCUUCCGGAUACGAAGUCUAUGACCGUAUCUCCAAGCCCUACCAAAAGUUCUUGGAGAGCCUCACCGCCACCUAUGCUCAACCUGGUUUCAACCAGGCUGCUGCAAACAACGGAUUUGAGCUUUACGAUAAGGAACGUGGUGCCCCUGAGAACGUUGGAUCAGUUCUUGAGGCUAUUCAUCCCGUCAUCCGUACCAACCCUGUAACAGGCUGGAAGAGUGUUUUUGCAGUUGGUUCUCACUGCGCAAAGAUCAACGAUUUGAGUGAACGUGAAUCAAAACAUCUUCUCGACACUUUCAGAAACCUCAUCACUGAGAACCAUGAUCUUCAAGUUAGACACAGGUGGUUGAAUAAGCACGAUCUUGCCAUCUGGGAUAACCGUAGCGUUUACCAUGCUGCUACCUUUGAUUACGAUGAGAAGAGAACUGGUCAUCGAGCUGUCGGUCUUGGUGAAAGACCUUACUUUGACCCAGCAAGUGUCUCACGCCGUGAAGCUCUUGGUAAAGAUGCAACUGUAGCAUAA